AUCUCGUUGCAGGUCAUUCAUCGGGAUUUGGCGGCAAGGAACGUGUUACUGGCAGAAAAUUUCGUCGUGAAGAUAUGUGACUUCGGUCUCGCCAGGAACCUUUACAUGGACAAUCAAUACAGGAAGAAAGGAGAUGAACCAUUGCCAAUAAAAUGGAUGGCUUUGGAGUCCCUGACCGAAGAUAUUUGUACAAGUAAGUCAGAUGUUUGGGCAUAUGGCGUAACUCUGUGGGAGAUGUUUAGCUUCGGGAAGCCUCCAUAUCCGGGCAUGGAUCGAGAAUCCCUCAUCGCCCAUCUUCAGGGGAAUCGUCGCUUGGAGACUCCCGAAUACGCUAACAAACACAUCUAUCAAAUUAUGGAGAAGUGCUGGAACCUUGAACCGAGCCGGCGGCCGAGUUUCCCCACUUUGAGUCGCUGGUUCUGCGGCAUGAUGACAGAGACUGAACGUCAGGUGACUCCAUCUUGCUCCCAUCCCGCUUUCAAUCGAUUCCUACCACGAUUACGAGAACAUAUUCAACGAAUUCUCUUGCAGAACUACAACGAACUGACUGCCCCCUUCCUGGAAAUGAACAAAGAAUAUUUCCAGACGAAUACGGACUUCCUCGAAUUGCUUUCCCCCGGUGAACCCGGAGAUGGGAUCGAACCAGGGGAAGUCAUGGAUGAUCAACCUGCUCUUGAAGAAAGGGACCCGAACCAUACCGCCACUCUUGAUGGAGAUUUUUCCUCUACAAAUGAGCCGGGUCGUUUAAGUGGCUUCAAUCUAAGAACCGAAUCGGAAAUCCAAUUGACGAACGGAAUGCCAGAUGUCUUUUCAGAGAAUGAUACAAACAAUGAAACCCGAUUGAUUGAACCAGACGAUGCAAACGAAAUCACCGGUCUCGUCAUGGAAACACACUGUUAA